AGAAGACCGCGCUCUCGUGCAGGAGGUCUCGCCUGGACAAGUGCCGGUACAGAGGUUGACUAAAGCCAAGCUCAGCGCGCGCUCUGGAAAGCUUCUGCUUGGUUGUUUAACAAAGGGGGGGGGGGGAACAUUUCUUUUUUUUUUUAAUCUCGAGUACCGGAGAGUUGUUGCUGCGCUCUGGAUAAAAAUGGGAUCAUUUUCAUUCGAAGCCAUCAGAUGUUUCCAGUGGUGGAUUUCAUUGUUUUGGAAUAUGUUUGAUGAGCAUUAAGCUUUUUUUUCUCGACAUUUCCUCCCCUGGGCUUGCCUACACACUCUGCUUCAUUUUUUUUCUGCCGCUGGAAUAUAUGAAACAAAUUACCGUUUGAUUCCACGACCUGUUCAAUAACCAAAAGGCUUGAAUGAUGAAAAUCUUUUGAGAUGAAAAACAGCACUUUUAGGGAUAAUUUUUUGCUUGUGCGCGGCUCGUGUCUAAUCUCGCGCCUCAGCAGCCUGUUGUCCGUGUCCGUGGAGAAACGCACAACUUUGCCGCGAGCUGGAGCCGGAGCUGGAGUUGGGGCUGCAGCUGGUCUGAGCGGCGCGCCAGGGCCACACGCAGGGGGCCAGGAGGGGGAUCAACGGAGCGGCCCCGGUGUUCCGCCGUUCUGUGGUUGGACGGGGCAUCCGGUGCAGCUGUGGAGCGCGGAUGAUGAAGACGGUGGUGAUGAUGAUGAUGAGGAUGAAUGGCCCGGCAGCUCGAGCUGGCACCGGGGUCUCGCCACCAUUAUGUUUACUGUUGUGCGCUCUAGUCUUCCUCACGCCGUGCGCUCACUCUCACCCGCAGCCGUGCCAGGUGCUGAAACGCAUCGGCCACACGGUUCGGGUCGGGGCUCUGCACGUUCAGCCUCGCUUGCUUCCCGCCCAUGCCGACAGCGGUGCUGAGGACUGGGACACCGAUCGAGGUUUGAUAGGGAGGGGAGAGCGGCGGAUGGAGUUGGAAAAGCAGGUUAAAACAAGUGCCGGUGCGCCUGGAUAUGGAAGCCUCAGGUCUAGAGGCGCCGUUAAUAGCCAGCGGGGAUCCAGCAGGAGUAAGAACCAGGCACGACAGCGAGAGGAGAACAGCUCGAGGGAGAACCGCGUGUUUGCACCCCGAGACUCAGUCCUACUCGCGGUCGAGGCUCUCAACCGGGCCGGCUUGUUGCCAUACAAUUUAUCCCUGGAGCUUGUCAUGGCCGUUGGGUCCGGACUCGGCGAGCUGCCCGCGUUCUCCUCCUCCUCUGCGGGCAGCCCCGAAAGCGAAGACCCGUUGUCCUUCGUGGAGAGCGUGUGUCACACCGUGGUCGUGCAGGGGGUUUCCGCCAUGAUCUCCUUUCCACGGAACCGGGACGAGUUCGUCAACUUGGAGUUCGUCUCGCUUGCGCUUCGGGUGCCAGUAGUCAGCGUUGUGCAGAGGGAGUUUACGCGCCACAGUGAGAAUCCUCUCCAUUUCCAACUGGCGAUGCGGACCGUGGAGGCCCCACCAUCCCGUCUCCUCUCUACCUUGCUGAUGAUGAAUGGCUGGUGGGACUUCAGUAUUCUGCUCUGUCAGGAGUGGGACAUUAGCGACUUCCUGCUCCUCAUUAAGAACAACACCCGCUUCCACCUGGGCACUCUUGUCAACCUGACAUCUACCGCCUCAACCUCGUCACCGCCUUCUUCUUCAUCAUCACACUCAGGAGUGGCCUCAGGUGUCGCAACAGGAGCAGAGGCGUCGUCAUCCUCAUCGUCGUCUUUGCCUUACUUCUCUCCCUCCGCUACUUCGUCCACCUCCUCCGUUAAAUCGGACCAGCAGCAAGCUCUCAUGCGGCAGCUGGAUGCCCUGAGGGAACCUUCAUCCACAAGGGCAGUGGUGACCUUUGGGUGCGAGAUCCGUGAGGUGCGGCGUCUGUGGACGCUGGCCAGUCGGAUGGCGCUCCCAGAGUUUCACUGGGUUUUGGGGGACAGCCAGAAUGUGGUGGAGCUGAGAACAGAGGGGUUGCCCCUGGGGCUACUUGCACACGGAGUCAUGGGUUCCCCUUCUCUGGAUCACUAUGUCCAUGACUCAGUGGAGCUGGUCGCUCGGGCGGUGGGCAGUGCAGCCCAAGUGAAUCCUGCCCUGGCACUCAUACCUGGGACUACUAACUGUAUGGAUGUACAGCAGAGCAACAGCAGCUCGGGGGAAUACUUGUCAAGAUUUCUAUCCAACACAUCAUUUGAGGGCCAGACCGGUUUUAUAUCCAGAGACACUCACAGCCAGAAUGUCAUCUCAGAGGCCCAUCACUACAUCUGGUCCCUCCAGCUGGACCCCAUAGGACAGCCAACCUGGACCCGCCUGGGACGCUGGCACAGGGGGGAAGUUCUGAUGGACCAGCGGGCCUGGCCAAGCUAUCAGGGACCUGGAGGUGGAGGAGACUGGCGCCGAUCCACGCGGUUGCACAUGCGGGUGGUGACGCUGGUGGAGCACCCGUUUGUAUUCACCCGAGAGGUGGACGGGGAUGGGUUGUGUCCCGCGGGCCAGCUGUGCCUCGACCCGCUCACCAAUGAAUCUUCGGUUUUGAAAGGAUUUUUCCAGAACCUUGCGGGACGCAAUGAUUCUGUUCCCACAGACCUGAAGAAGUGUUGUUAUGGUUACUGCAUUGACCUGCUGGAGAAGCUGGCAGAGGACAUGGGCUUCACUUUCGACCUCUAUAUUGUAGGCGAUGGGAAGUAUGGGGGGUUCAAGAAUGGUCGCUGGACAGGAUUGGUGGGUGAUCUGCUCAGUGGCGCUGCCCACCUGGCAGUGACAUCUUUUAGCAUCAAUUCGGCCAGAAGCCAAGUCAUUGACUUCACCUCGCCCUUCUUCUCCACCAGUCUGGGAAUACUGGUUCGUACUCGCGACACAGCUGCACCCAUUGGUGCCUUCAUGUGGCCUCUGCACUGGUCCAUGUGGCUUGGCAUCUUUGUCUCUCUCCACGUCACCGCCAUCUUCCUCACCUUGUAUGAGUGGUUCAGCCCGUUUGGUAUGACGCCACGUGGACGCAACCGCGACCGGGUGUUCUCCUUCUCCUCAGCUCUAAAUGUGUGCUACGCCAUUCUCUUCGGGAGAACGGUGGCCAUCAAGCCGCCAAAGUGCUGGACAGGCCGCCUGCUGAUGAACCUCUGGGCCAUCUUCUGUCUGUUCUGUCUGUCCACCUACACUGCUAAUCUAGCUGCCGUCAUGGUCGGGGAGAAGACCUACGAACAACUGUCAGGGAUACAUGACCCAAAGUUGCACCAUCCCUCUCAGGGAUUCCGAUUUGCCACAGUGAGAGAAAGCAGCGCAGAGGACUACCUCAAGAAGAGUUUCCCUGAGAUGCACGAGUACAUGAGAAGAUACAAUGUCCCGGCAACACCAGAUGGCAUACAUGAGCUCAAGGCUGACCCUCAGAGGCUGGAUGCAUUCAUCAUGGACAAAGCUCUGUUGGACUAUGAGGUCUCCAUAGAUGCAGACUGUAAAACACUAACGGUCGGGAAACCCUUUGCUAUAGAAGGCUAUGGGAUUGGACUCCCUCAGAACUCGCCACUCACCUCCAACAUCUCAGAGCUUGUUAGUCAGUACAAGUCAGAUGGCUUCAUGGACACGCUGCAUGACAAAUGGUACAAGGUUGUGCCCUGCGGGAAGCGCAGCUUCGCUGUGACUGAGACGCUGCAGAUGGGGAUAAAGCAUUUCUCCGGUCUGUUUGUGAUGCUCUGUGUGGGCGUGGCCUUAUCUCUACUGACCACAAUAGCUGAACACAUUGUGUACAAGCUGGUGAUCCCGAGGGUCAAGGAGCCACGCUUCAAAUACUGGCUGCACACAAGCCAGAGAUUACACCGGGCCCUCAACUCAGUCUUCACUGAUGACAAACUACCGACUGUUACCAAGCCCGAGAAGAGGUGCAAUGAGGGAAACAACCAGUCAGCAUGUUGGAAUCCUGCAGAGUCCUCUCACUGCAACAGGCGUAGGGUCCUUCCACAAGAGAUGCAGAAUGACCUGGAACGCCCAUCUUCCCAGGAUCUUCCUUCUCCACCACCCCCAUCUCCCCAGCCACAUCCCCAUUCUCUUCCUCUACUGGCGAAACACCUGCCCACAGUGACCAACUCUAACGGUCGCUCCGACCUGUUAGGGCGGGGGUUGGGCCAAGGACCGGGGCCAGGGCAGGGGGGCUCCGGGCAGGGCAUAACACGUUUGGGUGUGGGCGAUUUCGGCCUCAGCCUGUGUGUGGGUCGAAGCCCGCUGGCUCAGGAGCUGUCAGAACUGGAGGGUCAAAUCCUCUUAAUCAAGCAGCAGUUGCAGUCAGCCAUGAGGAGGAAGCGAGAGCUAGAACAGUACCAAUCAGAAAACCAGCAAGCAAACCAGACUGCACCAAGUCAGCCCACUACGCAUCGGUCUAACCAGUUGGCUCAGUAUAGCCAGUCCCACCAGCAGACUAACCAACACACAAACACGCUCCCGGAGUUCUGAAGCUUUUCUCCCUUGUUCUGCCCAGAGAAACCUGGUUAGACAUGGGACUAGUUUCUAAAUCCUUCUGUAUAGGUUCUGGAAAGCGAUCCUUGUUUGAGUUUUGGAGUUGGAACCUUCACAGAUUUCUGGAUGCUGAAUCCUCCGAUUGGCUCAGGAGUUCCCAUGAGCGCUGGACUGAUACACUCUCUAGGGAUCAGAUCCUGCUGUGUACCUCCAGUAGAACAUUUCCUGACUUCUGGAACGUGAAAAUCACUUAGACAAGAGGCAUUGGACAAAGGUGAACCAGGGACCCUGAACCAAAUCUGUUUUCACUAGCUUGUUGCAGUCACUGAAGAGCUGUGCAAACCUUCCUUCUUCGUAACCUCCCUUACCCCAUUUUCUUCACCUCACUGAUCCCUUCAUUUUUUUCAUAUUUUUUGCCUUUUACUUCCAUUCCUGCUCCCCUCUACUGCUUCAUCUUGUCCCUCUCAUCCCUUCCCUCUAAGCCUCGUCUCUUCAAGGCUACAGAUUUACUUGCUGUGAUGAUAAGCUUGAUCAUUGAUAUAAAGAAUGGUAUUUAAGCUUAAUGGGCUAAUUCACCUAAGUCUUAUAUUGAGACUCAUUGAGAGUGUAAAUGACCUGAAGGUGAACCCAUCCAGUUAAGUCUGUAUAGCCUCAUGCUGAAACCUUUUAUGUUUGAGGAGGAAAGAAAAGA